AUGUCUCAGUGGGCAAAAGUGCAGCAGAGCCCGACCAUCUUUCGGGAGAUGCAGAAGAAUUAUCCACCAUACUUUCCUAUGGAGGUUCGCUACUUCCUGUGUCAGUGGAUAGAAGAUCAGCAAUGGGACAUGAUUGAUACAAACAACUUGCAGUAUUCAUCAGUUGCUGAGAAGAUUCUCAAUGAAAUGUUGGAAUUAUUGCGUUGUAAAACUUUAGAGCUUACAAGUCAGGAGUUCUUUAUUAUUCGAAUAAAACUUGAAGAAUCAGUUCAGAGACUCGAGAACCUGGUGAAAACAAACCCAUUAGAAAUGGUUCAGGUUAUCAAGAAUUGUCUGGCCAUGGAGGAAAAACUUAUUGGUCAGUCAGAGGGCACAGAGAAUGACUCUAAAAAUUUGCAGCACAAACAGGAAUCGUUCAUCAUUCGUUUUAGUGAUAGUCAGAAAAUUUCAGCGCAGCUACAGCAACUGGCACAAAUGCCGAUUUCAGCAGAAAAGACACAGAAAGAAGUACAGCUCAGAGCUCAGAAAGAUCACAUUGACCUACAGCUGGCGAUGUUAGCCCAAGAACUUUUGCAGCUGCGGAUAGAUCUGGCGAGGAAAUACGAGGAGACAAUCAUUGGUCUUCAGGAGCUGCAGAAGGAGAUUCUUGACAAUGAGUUGAUAUCAUGGAAACGAAGGCAGCAGUUGGCUGGCAAUGGACUUAUUAUGACUAAUUCUAGUUUAGAGACACUACAGCAAUGGUGUGAAUCUCUUGCUGAUUUGAUAUGGCAGAACAGGCAGCAGAUAAAGAAGUCGACACAGCUUCAACAGCAGCUGCCCAUUAAAUUUCCCGACAAUAAGGAGGAUUUGUUACCGAAGCUGAACGAUACAAUCACUGGACUUCUGUCUUCCCUAGUUACCAGCACAUUUAUCGUUGAGCAGCAGCCCCCACAGGUGCUAAAGAAGGAUGCUAGGUUUGGUGCAGUUGUCCGCUUGUUAGUCGGAGGAAAGCUUAAUGUCCAUAUGAACCCACCACAGGUCAAGGCCACAAUAAUCAGUGAAAACCAAGCCAAAGAUUUGCUGCGUAAUGAUGUGAAAGCUAAAAAUGAUACAAGUGGAGAGAUCCUGAACAACAACGGGACAAUGGAGUAUCAGUCCAGCACAGGACAGCUCAGCAUCAAUUUCAGGAAUAUGCAACUCAAGAAGAUCAAGAGAGCAGACAAGAAAGGGUCAGAGGCUGUGACCGAGGAGAAGUUCUGCAUUUUGUUCCAGUCAGAGUUUAGUGUGGGUGGAAAUGAAUUAGUCUUUCAAGUCUGGACUCUGUCCUUGCCUGUGGUGGUAACUGUCCAUGGCAACCAGGAAUGUAACGCCACAGCCACAGUUCUCUGGGACAACGCCUUUGCUGAACCUGGUCGAGUGCCCUUCAUGGUGCCAGACCAGGUGGAAUGGAAGAUGCUGGCCGAUCAACUGAAUAUGAAGUUCAUGUACCACACUGGCAAAGGGUUAAGUGAGACCAAUCUAACAUAUAUUGCAUCCAAAUUGUUUGGUAAAAAGGAUCCCUCAACAUGUAUGGUGACUUGGGCACAGUUCAAUAAGGAUACCCUUUCUAACAGAUCAUUCACAUUCUGGGAGUGGUUCUAUGCCAUCCAAAAACUCACAAAGGAACAUCUGAAGGAUCUGUGGACAGACGAUGCAAUUAUUGGAUUUGUCAGCAAGAAUCAGGCUCAGGAUUGGCUGAGCAAGCAGCCAAUGGGAACAUUUCUGCUGCGUUUUAGCGAUUCUGAAAUUGGGGGAAUCACAAUUGCUUGGACAGGAGAAAGAAAAGAAGUAUGGAAUUUGGCACCAUUCACCGCUAAAGACUUUCACAUUCGGGGACUUGCUGACCGAAUUAAAGAUUUGACCAGUCUGGUGACCUUGUACCCCAACAAACACAAGGACCAGGUGUUCUCCAAGUACUACACAUCUGCUGCUGAAAAUGUCAGUAAUGAUGGCUACAUUCGACCUCAGUUGCGAACAACCAUUCCAGAGUAUCCUAUUGCUAAUGACAUAAACCACAAAUAUGUUGAAUAUCCAUCCAUUUUACUGCUGCCACUAUCACCUCGUAAUAUUAUUGUUAUCAUGAGCAUUUU